CUUUAUAUCAUCAGCAUGUUCCUCUACAUAACAAUUUGCUGCGUCCUGGGCGCGGCGGUGGCGGCUCCGUAUGGCUCAUCAUAUGGUCUAGCGACGGUUAGCAGCUAUGCUAAUCCAAACUAUGGAUUUAAUUAUGCGGUAAACGACCCAGUGACGGGAGACAACAAGGCGCAGACAGAGGUGCGGGAGGGAGACGUGGUGAAAGGCUCCUACUCGCUGGCGGAACCCGACGGCACCAUACGUAUUGUCGACUACACCGCCGACCCCGUCUCGGGUUUCAACGCAGUGGUCAAGAGAAUAGGGCACGCCUCCCAUCCCCAGCAGAUCCUAAGCCCCGUCGUUACCAAAGCUAUCGCAUCACCAGCAUGGCACGCCCCCGCCCCUGUAUCGGCUAAUAUUUACAGCGGUCUCGAUGGCUACUGGGACCACGGUCUCGGCUGGAAUAGUCACAGCUGGUCCGGUCUCGGGUGGAGCGGUCUCGGCGGCGCGGCAGGACACGGACAAUGGUACCAUUAAGGAUUUCAAGCUAUACAACUUUAAGACUCAUUCACAUUAAUAAAGAUGUAGCGAUGUCUACGCGAAUGUCAAUGAGGACCUUAAAAUUAAGCAUCUGUAG